GUGCAACAUAUUUGGUGUUCACCUUCCCAGUUGUGUUCAUUGCUGCAUUGGGCUGUCUCUAUCUCCAUUUAGGAAAUCAAUCAAGAUUUAAUAACCUCACCAAAGGAUCAAAUGGAGGGCACAGAUUGGGGAAAUAUCAGAGGCCAUUGAUCAUCAAAGGGCUGGGGAUAGUUUCUGGGAUUGAGCUUGCUUUCUUCCUCAUGUUCAUAGCCCUUCUCCUCUGGAAUUUUGCUGCCUAUUUGCAGCUCAGCUUUCCCAAAAUUACCCCCAAUUCAGCUGCUCAAAGUGGAGAAAAAGUGUGGGAAGCGAAGCUGGACGCGGCGGCGCUCCGCCUGGGACUGGUCGGAAACAUAGGACUAUCAUUCCUGUUCUUCCCGGUGACACGUGGGUCGUCGGUGCUGGGAGUUUUGGGGCUGACGUGGGAGGCCAGUGUGAAGUACCACAUAUGGGUGGGCCAUAUUGUGAUGACUCUUUUUACUGCCCAUGGCCUUUGCUAUCUCAUCUAUUGGUCUGUCACUCAUCAAUUCUCACAGAUGCUGGAAUGGGACAACACAGGCAUCUCCAAUGUAGCAGGAGAGAUAUCUCUGGCAGCAGGACUGCUCCUCUGGGCUACAACUUUCCCAAGAAUAAGGAGAAACAUGUUUGAGCUCUUCUUCUACACUCACCACUUAUACAUUCUAUUUGUCUUCUUCUUUGUGCUCCAUGUUGGCAUUAGCUACACUUGCAUUAUGCUCCCUGGCUUCUUCCUCUUCAUGAUAGACCGGUACCUCCGAUUCUUGCAAUCCAGACGACGCGUUCGUCUGAUAUCUGCCAGGGUUCUGCCCUGUGAAACCGUUGAGCUCAACGUCUCCAAGUGCAAAGGUUUGAGGUAUGCUCCAACCAGUAUCAUGUUCAUGAAUGUGCCUAGCAUUUCUAAGUUGCAGUGGCAUCCUUUUACCAUUAGUUCCAGCAGUAAUUUGGAGUCUGAUACGCUAAGUGUGAUCAUCAAAGGGGAAGGAAGUUGGUCCAAGGAGCUCUACCGGCUGCUUGCUUCGCCUUCUCCUGUCGAUCGCCUUCACGUCUCCAUUGAAGGCCCUUAUGGACCUGCUUCCACCGAUUUUCUAAGGCAUGACUUGUUGGUGUUGGUGAGUGGAGGUAGUGGUGUAACACCAUUUAUCUCCAUUAUCCGCGAGCUUAUUUACACGAGGAAGACGCUAAAAUGCAAGACCCCGGAAGUUGUCCUGAUCAGCGCAUUCAAGAACUCCACCGACUUGACCAUGCUAGACCUCAUCCUCCCCAUAUCUGGCCCCCCAUCAGAGUUAUCAGACUUGGGGUUAAAAAUCGAGGCCUAUGUAACAAGAGAGAAACAACCCACAAUGCAAGAAAAGAAGACCAUCAGGACCGUAUCGUUCAAACCUAAUCCAUCCGAUGCACCGUUAACUCCAAUUUUAGGCCGAAACAGCUGGCUUUGGCUCGGUGCUAUCAUGUCUUCAUCUUUCAUCAUCUACCUCAUUCUCAUCGGCGUCUUGACACGAUUUUACAUAUACCCCAUCGACCGUAACACCAAUACGGUAUACUCGUCGUCCUCAAGAGCAGUGCUGCACAUCUUAUUCCUGUGCAUCGGCAUACUGAUCACAGCAACAUCAGCUUUUCUUUGGAACAAGAGUAAAAAUGCAAAUGAAAACAUACAGAUUUAGAACAUGGAGGGGACAACUCCUGUAGCAUCGCCAAACUCAUGCUAUUAUAAUGCAGACAGAGAACUGGAGAGCUUCCCUCGACAGUCACUUUGGCAAUCUAUAGGCGUGCAUUAUGGCGAAAGGCCAGACCUCAAAAGAUUUCUGUCCGAACGCAAGGAAUCGAGCAUUGGAGUGCUUGUCUGCGGGCCGAAGAAAUUGAGGCACGAAGUUGCAAGCAUAUGUUCAUCUGGUUUAGCAGCAAAUGUGCAUUUUGAAUCCAUCAGCUUCAGUUGGUGAUGUCUUAGAAGAUGUAUAUGGACUCAAUGGUCUGAAUCUUUGAGUUCUGAAAUGCUUUUUUGGUGUCUUUCCUUUUGUUUUGUGCUGUUUGGUUGAGCUUUUUGUCUACUACUGUAAAUGGGAUGACAAUUCUCUUCCUCUGUAGGAAUCAGACAUGAAAUAUCACUCAUUUUGUUAAUUUUUACAUGCUCUGGAAAUAAAUUC